UUACCUCCCAUAUUUCAAGCCCAUUAUCGUGCGGCGGCCACUCAAAGUCUCUUACCGAAGGUUUCAUCUCCAUCCGUUCUUUCCUCAGCGAGUUAUACAAGUUCCAAAAUGUCCGUCGCAGUCAAGGGUGUGGUUCGUCUUCGUGUGCUGGCGGGCAAGGCGAGUCCGUCGCCGGCUAUUGGUCAGGCGCUAGGUCCUCUGGGUGUCAACAUGAUGGAGUUCUGCAAGGCCUUCAACGACCGCACGUCCAAGAUGACGGAGAACAUCCCGGUGCCUGUUGUGCUCACGGCCUUCACCGACCGCACGUUCAACUUCACCACCAAGACGCCACCGGCCUCGUGGUUCCUCAAGAAGGCAGCAGGCAUCACGUCCGGCUCAUCCACUCCGGGUCAGCAGGUCGUGGGCACGGUGCAUCUGCGCCAGAUCUACGAGAUCGCCAAGGUCAAGCAGCAGGACGAGAUGGUGGACUACAUCGACCUCAAGUCCAUCUGCAAGACGCUCAUCGGCUCGGCCAAGUCCAUGGGACUCGAUGUCGUGCCGUAAAUACGAUUCCUUGCAAUGGUGAGGGUCGACAGCUAGAAAAAAACGCUCGACAAUCGUCACGCAUUUUGCCAUUUUUAUUCGUUAAAAUGCUGAUUUACACUCGUCGAAUGUGUGCUGUAGCUGUCCACUACUGCCGCUCUGUCUUACUUAAACUAUUGAUGCAACCACACACAGCUCCGUUGUAUGGCAUGCUCAAUUAAACAUGACAAUAUCCGCUUGAUGGUGCGUACUGGGGAGCCUCGAUCUCUGCAGAAGCAGGUGAAUGAAGUGGAGCAAUGCAACUACCGGAUGGUUGAAGCUCCUUGGUCUUGAAUACAUAUCCGUUCUGGAAGGUUAUUCUCCCAGCUCCAUUUUGAUGUCGCUGUCCCGGAAGACCGACGUGCGUCUUGACCCAAUAAUGUCGCUGCCCAUGUAACUAAAGUCGUCAAAGUGCAUCGCCAUAAUCCCCGAUCCAGUCGAAGAUCCCAGCACACUGACAACCGGAGAAUCCGCUACUUCCUGCUGCUUGAAGAUGUUCGGAACAUACUGCAAGUUCGCAUUCAGUGCUGCACUGCUAGUACGCGCUCG